GGCCGUGCGGCCAUGGCGGCGGCGGCGGUGACGGGGAAGGGCGCGGUGGUGGUGGCCGGUGGGCAUGGCGACAGCGGCGGGGCCCGCGGUGGGUUCCUGGGGCCGCGGGUGCCGGCCGAGGUGGAGGCCAUGGCGCGGGCCGUGCAGGACGUGGGCAGGGACACCUUCCGGCGGCUCCUCAGAGUCACUGUUAAUGCAUUGGAAGGAAAAGACUGCAAGGAAUCUGUCAAGCUGAUUGCGGAAAGCUCUAAUCUCUCAGAAGAACAGCUUGCUUUCCUAAUUUCUGGCAUGUAUACCCUUCUCCGAGAAGCACUGAGACUCCCCUUAUCAACUUUCAAACAAGAAGUUUUUAAGGAAGACCUAAAGGAGCUCAGGAUACCAGAAGAUUUCAUUGCGGACUUCUCCAGUAUAGUCUUUGGUAACAGGCGUCCUGCAUCCGAAGGCACAGCUUUGAUACAAAGAAGUAGACUGCCAAGUGUCCAGGACUUCAGGUGGAGAGUGGAUGUAGCUAUAUCCACAAGUUCACUGGCCCGUGCACUUCAACCAUCCAUUCUAAUGAUGAUGAAGCUUUCGGAUGGGACAGCUCAUCGCUUUGAAGUACCAGUUGCAAAGUUUCAAGAACUGAGAUAUAAUGUUGCCCUUAUACUGAAGGAAAUGAAUGAUUUGGAGAAGAGGAGCAUACUGAAGAUCCAGGACUGAAGGCUUUUAAAUCAGGAGCUCAUAGUUCAGAUUCAAAACCCUCAGCGAGUUUUGUGAAUGGCAAAGCAGGGGACCAGCACCACUUUGCCUCUCUGCACCACAACGUAGUAUUUAUCUGCUGUAAAUAUUUUUUUAUUCAAGUAUUAAAAGCACAAGCUCUUUUUAUAAGACUUAGGAAAAAACAAAAAAUAUGUCUAUGAAAAAUGUAUAAUGCUGUUUGUGAGCAUUUUUGCAUGAUUCAUCAAAACAUUUUUUAAAUAACAGUCUUAAUAGACGUAAGAGUCAUUUGUUUCUGAUUAUGAUUCAUCACUCUAAUUAUUUUUGAAAGCCUGCUACCAGAAGCCCUGUCAAUGUGUAUCGCAAGAAAACUCUGCAAUAUCUCAAAUAAAAAAAAAAAAAAAAAAUUAAAACCCAAAACCAUUCCUGCGAUUUAGUAUGACAAAUGUGAACUAGAGUUUUGCCUAAUUAAAACUGCCGCCUGGCUUCUCACUAGUGAUGGAGGUAUAGCUACAGAGAUUUAAAGGCUAAUUUUGAAGAAAUUUGGAAGUCUGUGGAUCGAGAAAGAAGUAUCAACUGAGCAAUAGAAUUGCAGAAGUGGAAACGUACAAUCUAAGUCUUUAUCUGGUUGAUCAGAAUGGGCUAAAUAGCAGUGAUCUCCUAGAUUUCUAACUGGAAAUGCCUGCUGCUUGUUUCAUGUCUUUCCUAUAUAUUUGAUGUGAACAGAAUCAUGAUUAGUGGGCAGAAACCUCUGCCAUUGCGAUGGCAGUGGACAGCAGGAGGCAAUACCUUUGUAUUGUGCAAGUCGCAUCCUGGGAUGAAGACACUACAUGCAGCUCUGGAAUGAGUGCUACAGGUACAAGGAUAUCCAAGCCCCCAAAUGAAGAAAACAGUUAAGAAUAGGCUGCAAUUCCCCGAAUUGGUCAGGCAGUUGAACUUAGAUGAUCUUUGUAGGUCCCAAUGGAAAUAUUCUGUUCUAUUCUAUUCCUUUAGCCCAUGAGUAAAACUUAGAAGAACUCCCAUAACUUGAAGCAUAUGUUUUAAGUCUCAUUUAAAUGCCAUGGGACCACAAGUAUAUCCCUAAGGGUUUUGCCCAGAGGGAUGCAUUCCUCAAUCAUUGCCUGAACGAGUUUUCCCCCAGCAGCAAAGAUAUGAAUGCUGUGAGCAAUGGCCCAAAGACUGCAUAGGUCAUGGCCCCUAGAACUACACAAUUUAUCUGGCUGUCAAAGGCAGUUUAGAAAGCACGUGCCACUGCCAUUGCUGAGCAUUGGCUUAUUCUAGCUGCUUGCAGGGCUCCUGCCUCGGUAGUACCACCCUUUGUGAUUGUAGAACUUGCCUUUUAUCUCCACACUCCCUACAGAAAACUAAUGAAAUUAAAACUGUGGAUUCGGGAGGCUUUUUACGCUCCCACAGUUGUUUGUGUACGACAGGAUUACUUGGCUUACGGAUUUCAAGAAUCACAACAGCAUUAAAAGACUUCAUUGUCAUACUUCUCAAGAGAAGACUUCUUUGACAGCAGUCCAUGCCACUAACGACAGCUAACUAGCUGUGGUCCGGAGAGCUUUUAAAACCUGUGCUUGAAUGUGUCUUGUAGUUUCAAGUGAACAUAUUGACCAUGAUUUCAAACUGUUCAAAAGCUGCAUGUUCCAUUUGCUGUCUUUGUAGCUACUCAUCAAUAACUUCCAGGUCUGAUCCAUACUGCAUCUUAACUACUGUGCUCAGGUCACAGCAGAGCAAAUAAAGAACCGGCUCCUCUAACUUCAAAUGGACUGCAGAUAGCAUCAAUGUGAUGGGGUUUUUUUCAGUUUUACUUUGUAAAGCUUGUUCACCUUCUUUCUGGAAUUACAUUAUCACGAGCUGUGAAACAACAUACAUUCUUAUGUUCUGUGUUAUAACCUGUCCCUUCUAAAUAUUUAGAUUUGUGUGGGUUUGAACUGGAAAGGUAUCUUGGCUGGGGCUGUAAGUGAAGUAUUAUCAGUCAAAUGGAACACUGCAUGGGUGUAAAGUGACCUGUUGCUCAAGAUAUUUGUAAAGUAUUUUUUUACUGGUCAGAUUAGAAGGAUCCAUAAAUACCUUUGCCUUCUAAAUAGAAUAUAUUCCUUCAGUUGUUCUGUGACAGCAGCUGCCCACUUUCUCAGAAAUGGAAAGGCUUCCUGACUGUUUUCUUCAUGUUCUUUGCAAGGGGCGAUGGACCUCGGAGUCUCAAGUUUGUUGUGCCACAUAUUAAACAGGAGUUUACUGUAAUUGGAGGUUUACCAUGCACAUUGUGGUGUACUCAAACACUCAGGAUUUUCAUUCCUUUGUACUAAAAAGCUCAUUUGGGUUUUCCUUCUGACAGAUAUGUUUUCCAGUAAAACAGCAGUUGUCACCACAAAAAUGGCUAGUGGAAGUGGCCAGUGGAUAGUUUUGAUAAAAUAUAAGCCUUCAAAUUAUUGUUAGGUUUCUCAGAACUUAAUGGCGAAUUAUGUGUUAAAUACCUCUUCAACACUGAAAUAUUUUCUUAUUUCACAAUUAAAAUACUCUGGAAUUUGAAUUUUACUGAAUUUCUGACUGCAGCCCUUUCAUUCUAGUACAGAACAAAAGUAACGUGCCAAGAAUCUGAGUAUGUCUGAACAGAAAUGGUUUUACCCAGCUCACUCUAGGUCUGGUUGUGCUUCAAGGGCACACUGAGUCUCCCUUUCUGUAUCAUGCUGUGGAAGAUAUAACUUGAAUAGGAUGCUCGUUUUGUUGGUCCCGAGGUCUUGUCGACCUGAUCACUACUCAGUCAUCAGUUAGGAAUCCUGAUUUAGGAUUCUGCCACACCAAUUUGUCACGAAUCCUGAUUUAGGAUCCUGCCAACUAUGCCAGUUCAUCGCAUAUCCUGGUUUAGGAUUUAUUAAUGCUCUUGAGGUAGAUCACAAGAUUAGGCUGUGUAAUUCUUAACAGCACUUAAUCAUCAGCCAAUGUAACAAAGGGAUUCAAUGGAAUUUGCUACAAUCAAAACAGCGACUUAGUUAAAGGUUCAAUAAUGGCAAGGUUCACCCAAGAUUUUGCAGGGUUUCUUAAAUCAAAUCACACAGACACAGA